UGCUUGUCGUUUCCAAUAGGAACAAAUGAGUCAUAGUGGGCAGAACAAGCAAGGAUGGGGGCAGAGCCAAGCAUGCAUUAGCGAUAUCCAUUUGCGCGUUCUAGUAUAUAGUGGCAUAUUUCCCGUAAGGGAACGCCUACUCUGUGAAGUGCGCGUGUGCAAUACCUCAAUUAGCCUUUGCACUCCUAAACAGCGCGAUUUCUACGUUUACAAGGGCUGUAGAGCAUUUCGCCGGUAGUCAGAACGAAAACUGGAGAGACCUAUUGACACAUAAGGACCACACACUCAAAGAUCGUAACGCUUGGGAAAUCAUCAUGGGCAUCAAAUUCCUGGAGGUAAUAAAGCCAUUCUGCGCAGUAUUACCUGAAAUCCAGAAACCUGAAAGAAAGAUCCAGUUCAGAGAGAAGGUACUAUGGACAGCCAUCACUCUCUUCAUUUUCCUUGUCUGCUGCCAGAUUCCCCUUUUUGGCAUCAUGUCCUCAGACUCUGCAGAUCCCUUCUACUGGAUGAGAGUCAUUCUGGCCUCCAACAGAGGUACACUGAUGGAGCUGGGAAUCUCUCCCAUAGUCACCUCCGGCCUAAUCAUGCAGCUCCUGGCCGGAGCUAAGAUCAUUGAGGUGGGAGACACCCCCAAAGACAGGGCCCUCUUCAACGGAGCACAGAAAUUGUUUGGUAUGAUCAUCACCAUUGGUCAGGCCAUCGUGUAUGUGAUGACUGGAAUGUACGGAGACCCCUCUGAUAUGGGCGCUGGGAUCUGUCUGCUCAUCAUCAUCCAGCUGUUUGUGGCAGGUCUAAUCGUGCUGCUGCUGGAUGAGCUGCUGCAGAAGGGCUAUGGUCUGGGCUCUGGUAUUUCCCUGUUCAUUGCCACCAACAUCUGUGAGACAAUUGUCUGGAAGGCCUUCAGCCCCACCACUGUCAACACUGGCAGAGGUACAGAGUUUGAGGGAGCCAUCAUUGCCCUCUUCCACCUGCUGGCCACGCGAACAGACAAAGUGCGCGCCCUGAGAGAGGCCUUCUACCGCCAGAACCUGCCAAAUCUUUUGAACCUCCUUGCCACCGUUUUCGUCUUUGGUGUAGUCAUAUACUUCCAGGGCUUCAGGGUGGACCUGCCCAUCAAGUCUGCCCGUUACCGUGGCCAGUACAACACUUAUCCCAUCAAGCUCUUCUACACCUCCAACAUUCCUAUCAUCCUCCAGUCUGCCCUUGUGUCCAACCUGUACGUCAUCUCUCAGAUGCUCUCCACUCGCUUCAGUGGCAACUUCCUGGUUAACCUGCUGGGCACCUGGUCUGACACAUCGUCAGGCGGUCCAGCUCGUGCCUACCCAGUGGGUGGGCUCUGUUACUACUUCUCUCCCCCGGAGUCGUUUGGCUCGGUCCUAGACGACCCCAUCCACGCUGCCAUCUACAUCUGCUUCAUGCUGGGCUCCUGUGCCUUUUUCUCCAAGACCUGGAUCGAGGUGUCUGGCUCUUCUGCCAAAGAUGUGGCUAAGCAGCUAAAGGAGCAGCAAAUGGUGAUGAGGGGACACAGAGAGACCUCCAUGGUUCAUGAACUCAACAGGUACAUCCCCACAGCGGCGGCCUUUGGUGGUCUCUGUAUCGGCGGUCUAUCUGUCAUGGCAGACUUCCUGGGUGCUAUUGGCUCUGGCACGGGUAUCCUGCUGGCCGUCACCAUUAUUUACCAGUACUUUGAGAUAUUCGUCAAGGAGCAGAGUGAAGUGGGCAGCAUGGGAGCCCUGCUCUUCUAGUCCGACACCUGGCUGCAACACCUGUGACGAAGCAACCGGCUUAAUGGACAUGGACAUGCCCCAGAUCAGACCAAGUCCUACAAAACUCUUAUUAUUCACAUUAUUUUAUGUCCAUUUACAUUUUUUUUUAUCUGCACAAUGAAUCUGUUCUCUCCUGUGUCAUUUUCCGGAUGAUUUCUGGCAUCUCCCCUGACAUAGCCUACAGGAGGUUCAGCCCAAACAGAAUGGUGUGUGUAGUGAAGUGGUGGGACUGACUACAUCCUGACAUUCACAACACUCUGAUCAACUGCUUUGUAACAGUUUGCCUGAGACUGGUUAGCCUCCUCAGGGUCAUCUGAAGUGUUUCAUAUCUAUUAAAAUGGUCUGAUCCACAAGCGUUUAUGAGGGGGCGGGAGUGUUGUCCCUUUUCAGACUGCGACAACGGCUCUGUAGUAUACAAGCAUGUAUACUGCACUGGGAUGAGGGAAGUCCCUCUUACUGGGCUGACGUCAUACAACCAACACAGUAUACAUAGGAACGCUUUGGUUUUCUGCUUAAAUUCCAUCACCUCAAUUACCUGGAGGAUAUAGGCAUGAAUGUAGUGUACCUUCACAACUGGGCUCUUUAGUAUGUUUUUUUUUGAGUGGCCAUCAGAUUUUGACCUGAUGGCCACUCAUUUCACUGAUUGAGUAGCAAGGGAAGGUUUGGUCAAGACUCUCUGAAUAUAACCAUGUUUGUCCGCCAGACAUGUGACUGUUUAAAGCCGCGCUCCAAUAAUACUGUAGGAUCAGAAAGUUCAGCGUAGGGCUCUUAGAAUGUGGUGCAGCUUUGUCAAGUGUUUACUUUUUAUGAAAGUGUGCAUUGGAAGAGUUAUCAAGUGAACCACUCGUAGGUCCUCUGAAACUGGGCUGAAGGGAGGUGGUGUACGUUUAGGGAGAUGUAAUCGUACUUAUAUGCCACAUUCAUACCUUUUUGCCCAUUUUGUUGGGUGAGGAAAGAUUGUUUUUGUUAUUUUUUUUUUUUGUCUGCUUUGAGCAUGACUGUAUUAAACACUUUCACACCGUGAAUUUUGGUUCUGUAUAUACACCAAGCAUUGAGUUCAUCUACAGUGUAAAAUAACAGGGGGUUUUUUAUAUGUAAAAAUGCUGUUCUGAACAAAUGUAUUCUGGGAAGAAAAAAAAUAAUUCUCAAUAAAAACUCAUUUUGGGGAAA